UCGUUACUUCGUUACCUCCUACCUCGUGUCAUAAUCGAGGAGCCGGGUAAGUUCUUCGUUCUUCCAGAAAUUUCUAACGUGUUCACAAACACCACGUUUUUGUAAUACUCCUGUAAAACAUUUUUAACAAUCACCAAAAUGUCAGGGGCAGCUAAAAGAUUGAUCCCACUUUUUGAUAGAAUCCUCAUUAAAAAAUUUGAAGCAGUGUCGAAAACUAAAGGUGGUAUUGUUCUUCCGGAAAAAGCCCAAGAUAAAGUUUUACAAGGUACUGUUGUUGCAGUGGGACAAGGAGCUAGACUUCAAGAUGGUUCAUUUGCUGCUCCUACAAUUAAAGUAGGUGAUAAAGUACUUCUCCCUGAAUAUGGUGGCACCAAAGUAAAUGUAGAAGAUAAUGCAGAAUACCAAAUAUUUAGAGAAUCUGAUAUUAUAGCCAAAGUAGAAUAAUUGACUGUUUUUGUUUAUAUUUGUUGCAUUUCCUUGUUUAGAUAAGUCUGAAUCCUCUGAGUUUAUGUACAGAUGAUCUGAUCCCUAUGCUGUUUCAGACAUUUUGUGGAAAUAUUCAACAAAUGCUGUACUAUAUUUUUGUUGAAAAUGAUUUCCUGAUUUUUAUAUUGUAGUAAAACUUGUACUGUUUUUUUGUUACAAAUAUAUUUGUAUUAAAAUUU